AUGUCGGACAAGUUCAGCGCGGAGGAGAUAAAAAAAGCUCACGAGGUCCUUUACAAUGAGGGCAUCAAGAUGCGGUAUCAGGUUGCAGGCAAAGAGUACGUCGACAAAGCUUUGAACGCAGCCGACAAUGACUUUGCACGGCCAAUGCAGCAGUACGUCUCCGAGGCAUGUUGGGGCUGGGUGUGGUCGCGUCCCGGUUUGGAGCUCAAGACACGCUCCUUGCUCAACCUUGCCAUGCUGUGUGCCCUUAACCGUAGCACCGAACUCGCCGUACACACUCGCGGCGCUCUUGUCAAUGGUGCCACAGAAGAGGAGAUACGUGAGACCAUAUUGCAGGCAGCAUGUUACUGCGGUAUGCCGGCCGGUAUGGAAGGUUUCAAGGUGACGGGGAGGGUGAUUGAAGAAUGGAAGAAAGAGCAGCCAGCAAAAGCGCACAAUGUUGAGCCCCACGCUGAUGUUGGGUUGGAGCAGAGAGCGAAAGGCGACGAGUAG